AUGAUAAAUAAUACAUUUUGUGUUCAAUUUCGUCCAAAAAUAUCAACUGAUACUUAUUUUAUACUUGUUCAAAAUUCUUCAGGUUGUUCAGCCACUGUUGGUUAUAAUGACGGUUAUUCAGGUGAUCGUUAUUUAAAUUUAAUGCAUACACCUACAUCUUCAUGUAUGCACAUAGGAACUAUUCAGCAUGAACUUAUGCAUAUCUUAGGUUUUUUUCAUGAACACUCGCAACCUGAUCGAGAUCAGUUUGUUACAAUCGAAUAUUCUAAUAUUGCUUCAGCUAUAGAGCUUCUUUUCUUAUAA